GCCGUCCGUUUUCAAUAAGAGGUAUAGAUUUGAAUACCGGGAAUGAAACGAUAGUUCCUAUUAUGAACAUUGGCAGGCCUAAAGGGCUGGAUUUCGACGUGAAAACUAAAAGUAUAUUUUUCGCCGAUGCGCUGAGCUUGACAGUUAACCAAGUACCUGUUAUCAAUACCACAGAUGUAAAAGUCCUAUUAAAAAACGUAGUUUGUGAUGGUCUUGCUUUCGACUGGAUAUCCAGGAAUAUUUACUGGACAAGCCUUGAGAAAGGAAGCAUUAGCGUCACCAAAUUAGCAAACACUUCUAUUACAAGAACUCUCAUAGAAAGUAGCAAUUACAGUCCUACUUCUAUAGCUGUAGAUCCUUACAAUGGUGUUAUGUAUUGGGCUGAUUGGUCCAGUUUAUCUCCAGAGAAAGGUCGUAUAGAUACGGCUAAUAUGGAUGGUACAAAUAAAAGAGCAUUUUUAGUAGAAAAAAUACAUUGGCCCACUGGAUUGGCCAUCGAUUACCAGACAAAAAGGAUAUUUUGGGGUGAUAAGCACCUCAAAAUCAUACAAAGUGUUGACUUUAACGGAAAAGAUCAAAGAACUGAAACUAUAGGCGGAGUGGAUUCUCCAGUUAGCUUGGCUAUUGGUGCAGGAGCUACAAAGAAUUUGUAUUUUAUUGAGAUGGCCAAAGGUGCUAUAAUGGCCUACAGAAACGACACAGGAGCUAGAAAAGUUUAUGUUGGAAAUUUGCCUAUUUUUGAUAUCAAACUCUUCGAUGAGCAAGCACAAAAAGGCGAUAACGAUUGUUCUGUGUCGACAUGUCCCGAACUAUGUCUACCACUACCUGACCACGGUUCAACGUGCGCAUGCUCCGAUGGAUAUCAGUGGACGAAUGGAAGCUGUAUCAAAGCGGCUAACGUUACAGCGCCCCCUAGCUGUCCUCCACAAAUGUUUCAAUGUACUCAAAAGAGGCACUGCAUCCCUAAUGCGUACCUGUGCGAUACGGUUGACAAUUGCGGAGACGGCUCCGAUGAGUUACUUGAGCCGGGUGGUCCCUGUCACAAUGUGACCUGUGGAGAAAAUCAACUUAAGUGUGACAAGACAAGUUGUAUCGCAAAACAUUGGGUGUGCGAUGGAGAAAAGGACUGCUUAGAUGGAACUGACGAAAACCCAGAAACCUGCUCUCAAGUAUGUCCGCCUACAAAAUUCAAAUGCAAAAAGUCGAGAAGAUGUCUUCCUGCCAGCUGGCGUUGUGACAACGUUCACGAUUGUGGAUUCGAUGACCACAGCGAUGAAACUGAUUGCAAAACUUCUCCCUGCGAAAUCAACGAAUUCGCAUGCAAAAAUGGCCAGUGCAUAGCCUCCAGAUAUUACUGCGACUGGAUUAAAGACUGCGACGAUGGCAGCGACGAGAUCAACUGUGUCACUUGCAAUCCACAAACUGAAGUUCCGUGUAAACCAAGGGACGAAUGCCUUCCAAAGUCAGUAGUGUGUGAUGGUAAGGUCAACUGUCCGGAUGGAUCGGACGAAAAGGAUUGUGGGCCAAAGAUCGAAUGCGAACCGGAAGAAUUUAGUUGUUCGAAUUAUGAAUGUAUACCUAAGGAAUUCGUUUGUGACUCGGAUCUUGACUGCAUAGAUGGCUCUGAUGAAAUGAAUUGUGAUCCUGGCAGAUUAAAGAAUGCUACUAAUGCCAAAACCCACAGCUUCGUCUGUGAUUUACCUGACAAGGCGUGUGAUAAUAACACCAAAUGUAUAUCAGCUGCCAAAUUAUGCGACAAUAGACAGGAUUGCGCAGACGGGUCUGACGAAGUCGACAAGAUGUGCCAAUAUCACAACAUGACAAAUUACCGGCUUUCUUCAUCUUGCGAAUACCCUUCUAGACUGUGUGACAACGGCACGAAGUGCGUCGACGUCGAGAAGUUGUGUGACGAUCGCAAAGACUGCGAAGACGGUUCUGACGAAGGUCUAAGGUGUUCCGAUAUGCUUUGCGAACAUAGUAUCAUGUGCUCCCACGACUGUCAUAAUGCUCCCGAGGGAUUAAUUUGUACCUGUCCGAAAAAUCUUCUUCUGCAACCCGAUAAGAUAAACUGCAAGGCUACACAUCCCUGCGAGGCGUUAGGAGCCUGUUCGCAACUGUGUAUACCAAGAGGUUCCCGCUACAAAUGCACCUGUGUAGACGGUUAUGUCAUCCAGGACGACGGUUUCACCUGUAAAAGUACCGACAACGAAAGACCCUACGUCAUUUUCAGCAAUCGACACGAGCUUAGAGGUGUGGAUCUCCAUACGUUCGGUCUAAAAUCUUUCAUAGCCAGUUUAAAAAACACCAUAACUUUAGAUUUCUACCACAAAAAUGACACUAACAUGAUCUUCUGGACUGACGUGAUAGAUGAUAAGAUAUAUAGAGGUACCAUCGUUGGUGGAUCGUUAGGAAAUAUCGAAGUGGUUGUACAAACUGGUCUUACCACGGCUGAGGGACUUGCUGUUGAUUGGCUUGGGGAAAACUUAUACUGGGUGGAGAGCAGCCUGGACCAAAUCGAAGUGGCUAAAUUAAACGGCAGUUUUAGACGGACUUUAGUAGCGGGAGAUAUGGAAAGUCCCAGAGCAAUCGCAGUGGAUCCUCGAGACGGAUACCUCUUCUGGACUGACUGGGAUAGACAACUGCCCAGAAUCGAGCGUUGUUCCCUGGCUGGUUCGGACAGGAAAAUAGUUGUUAAAAUUGAGUACAACGGCUGGCCGAAUGGUAUUACUUUGGAUUACACCAUUAGGAGGAUAUAUUGGGUAGAUGCUAGAUCGGACUCUAUACAUACAUCGAAUUAUGACGGAGGAGAUGUUCAUGAAAUCAUGAGACAUCCUGAGGUGCUGUCCCAUCCUUUUGCGAUUACGGUAUUUGAGAAUUUCGUUUACUGGACGGAUUGGCGUACGAACAGCGUAUUCAGAGCCAACAAAUUCACAGGAGGCGACGUCAAAGUAAUACAAAGAACCCUUUCUCAACCUUUCGACAUCAAAAUUUUACACCCCAGCCGACAACCGACAGAUGGCGUUAAUCCUUGCGGAACCAACAACGGUGGAUGUUCUCACUUGUGCUUGAUACACUUCAAUAAGACAUAUAAAUGUGACUGUCCUCAUAUUAUGCGACUCAGUGAAGACAACAAGACCUGUGUCGUUAACGACAAAGUUCUCCUGAUAGCUAAAACUAAUGAAAUCAGAGGGGUAGACAUCUUACAGCCCUACUACCACACUAUACCCACUAUAAGUAUUCCACAAGUCGUUAGUCCUGUUCAAAUAGAAUACCUUUCCCGAAACCGUACUCUUUAUUUCGCAGAUUUUCAUAUCAACGAAAUAAAAAGAACUAGUUUAACACACGGGCCUUCAGAAACACUCUUAGAUACAGGACUACAGAAUCCUUCAGGUCUGGCACUUGAUUGGAUCUCAGAUCUGCUUUACGUAUCAUCAAAAGCCGGCAUCAUGGCGUCGAACCUUAAAGGGGAGUUUAUAACAAAGAUAGUAGACAAUGUCAACGUUUUGUCUGUGUGUGUCGAUCCUCCUAGAGGCAACCUAUAUUGGAUAUCUUCGGUAAAUGACACAGAAUCUGUAGAGACCAGCGCCAUGGAUGGAACCUCAAGAAAAACAAUCGUUCCUAAUCUUAAAUCCAGUUCGAAGAGUCUCACUCUUGAUAUUAAAUCAUCUAAACUAUUCUGGAUUAGCGACCUAGAGGUGUACUACAGUAACCUAGAUGGUAGUGAUGUACAAAAGUUAAACCUAUCGAAACAAGUAUCUGUAUCCGCUGUUACAGUUUAUCACGACAAACUUUACUAUGCAGACGAUAACGACCAAUCUGUACACUCAGUGGAUAAAUUAACAGGAAAAAAUGAUUUGAUCCUAAGAAACAGCACUGGUGGGGUACUAUCCUUGAGAAUAUACGACCCCAGUGAGCAACAGGGGGCGCAUCCUUGCCAGAACAAUAGAGCAGGCUGUCAGCAUUUGUGUAUUCCUAUAUCGUCUACGAAAUUCACCUGCAAAUGUGCUACAGGCUACAAUCCAGAUCCAACUAAUGCGUUUAAAUGUGUGGGAAUGGAAGAAUUCUUGUUUUAUUCAAUAAACUGGGAACUGCAGGGGUUAUCUCUAGAUGGAAAAAAUGAUACUCAAGUUUUGGGUCCGAUUUCGAGAAUCUCCAGUGCAACAACAAUCGACUUCGUAGCUGCUGAUGAUUUUGUAUUUUGGGCAGAUAGUGACCACGGAACUGUGAGCAGAGUUAAAAGAGAUGGUACUGAUAGGAGUUUUGUUUUAGAACAACCAGAAAUGCUGGAGAAUAUCCUCGUCGACUGGCUAACGGGUAUAGCAAUUGACUGGAUCGCUAAAAAUAUUUACUGGUGCGAUUCUAAGAGAGGUACCAUUGAAGUAGCAAGAUUGGAUGGCUCUAAACAAAAUGUUUUAUUUUCAUAUGAAAUAGGGAAACCGAAUUCAUUGGCUGUGGAUCCGAUUAGAGGAUAUUUAGUACGGGCUGGUGGGUCUAAAUUAGAAAUAGCAACUAUGGACGGACAGAAUAGACAACUCUUAGUUGACGAUGCCAAAUCUAUUUCUGACGUAGCUUUUGACUCAGUCAACGAGUUUGUAUAUUUCACUGAUAUACAGGCAAAUACCAUCGAAAGAGUGAGCUACGAUGGACAAAACAGAUCUGUAAUGCUGAAUCAAUCGUUAGAAAAUCCUAUAGCUUUAACUGUAUUUAACGACAAAGUCUACUGGUUGGACACUACGUACGAGAGAGGAAGCAUAUCUACAGCUUCUGCUUCUAAUAUGUCAGACUUCAAGGUGCUGUUAAGCGAUCUAGGAGAUUCUUUGAAAGAUAUUCAAAUAUUUUCUAAAAAGAAACAAUCUGGUACUAACCCUUGCGCUAAUAAUAACGACGGUUGUGAACAAUUGUGUUUGUUUAAUGGUACCCAUCCAGUGUGCGUUUGUUCUCAUGGUAGAAUUACUGCGGACGGAAAAACUUGCGAACCUUUUGAAAGUUUCGUCAUGUAUUCUAGAGUCAUCAGCAUUGACUCUAUACAAAUGAUUGGAGACAAGAAUCUUCAAAAUUCACCACAGCCAACUAUUAAAAAUAACACUAUGUUGAAGAACGCCAUCGGUUUGUCAUUCAGCUACAAACAUCAACGAUUGUUCUAUUCUGAUAUUCAGAAAGGUUCCAUCAAUGCCGUAUACUUCAACGGCAGUGAUCAUAGAAUCAUAGUGGAAAGACAAGGUUCUGUAGAAGGCUUAGCAUACGAACAGGUCUAUAAUUCUCUAUAUUGGACUUGCAAUAACGACGCUACUAUUAAUAGAGUUAACUUGACAGGCCAAAUUAAAAACGCUAGUGCUGUAGAAACGAUAGUACGCAUGCGUGCUCAAGAUAAACCUCGUGGCAUCGCUGUUGACAGUUGUGGCAGUAGAGUAUAUUGGUCCAAUUGGAAUCCGCAGCAACCAACAAUAGAAAGAGCAUUUUUGACGGGCUUCGGAAGAGAGAGUAUAAUCAAAACCGAUAUUAGAAUGCCCAAUGCCAUUACUUUAGAUCACAAGGCGCAGAAACUGUACUGGGGUGACGCACGAUUGGAUAAAAUUGAAAGAUGUGAAUAUGAUGGAACUAAGAGAGUCGUAUUAGCGAAAGUUACACCACAACAUCCGUUUGCUUUGGCAGUGUAUGGUGACUUUAUAUACUGGACCGACUGGAUGCUUCAUGCGGUCAUAAGAGCAGAUAAAUUCACGGGACAAUACAUUGUUUUGCUCAGAAGAGAUGUAGCUAGACCUAUGGGUAUAAUCACAGUAGCCAACGACACGGAGGAUUGUUUUUCAAAUCCGUGUUUGAUCCAAAACGGAUUCUGUGAAGAAAUAUGCGGGUUGUCAGCUUCUGGUCAAGUGGAAUGUUCGUGUGAAGAGGGUCGAGUGCUUUCCGAACAAGGUCGAUGCCAUGCCAAAAUUUUGACCAACUGUACAAACGAUGGUGACUCUUUCAGAUGUUCAGAUGGCGGUUGUGUCCCCUUCCAUCUCACUUGCGAUGGUAUCCCACAUUGUGCUGAUAGAUCCGACGAAGAACCUGGGUAUUGUGGAUACCGUAGCUGUCCGUUGGGCUGGUUCCCGUGCCAAAAUAAAAUGUGUAUAUCUCUAAACUUAACUUGCAACGGAAUAGAUGAUUGCGGAGAUUCCACUGAUGAACAAAAUUGUUCUUGUCCAGAAGAGACUCAUUUCCGAUGUAAAAAUGGGGAGUGUUUAGAUAUAGCGCACAGAUGCGAUAACGAACCAGACUGCCAAGAUAAAACUGAUGAAAUUGGAUGUGAAAUGCCGAAUUGUACAGAAAAACACGGAAAAGAUUUUGUUAAUUGCAAGUUUACUACAACCUGUAUUCAUAAAGAUUGGUUCUGCGACGGUGAUGAUGAUUGCUGGGACAAUUCCGACGAACACAAUUGCACAGUUUCAAGACCAAAUUGCGAUAAAGAUCAAUUUCAGUGUCUUAAUGGUGCCUGUAUCGAUUUGCGAUUAAGAUGUAAUGGAGUAGCUGAUUGUUUAGACGACGACAAUAGCGGCAUCGCUUUAGACGAGUUAAGUUGUGGAACCAACAACCAAUGUCGAUAUGAUCAGUUCAUGUGCGAGAACGGCUCCACUUGUAUACCUAUAUCGUGGCGUUGCAAUGGUAUUCCUGAUUGUUUGGAUCAAAGCGAUGAAGAAAAUUGCCACAAGCAUUGUCGUAGUGACCAGUUCCAGUGCACUAACAAUGAAUGUAUUCCAAAAUCUUGGCAGUGCGAUGGAAAUCCAGACUGUAACGAUCAAUCCGAUGAAAGCACGCACUGUCAGACGACAACUUGUGCUAAAUACGAGUUCAGAUGUAAUGCUACCGGCAGAUGUAUUCCAAUGUCUUGGGUUUGUGACGGUGAGGCGGAUUGUCCUGAUAAUGCUGAUGAACACAUGUUAGAGGAUUGCAAAUUCGUCAGUUGUAACACGAACCAAUUCCGAUGCUCAGACGGGCAAUGCAUAGGCAAAAUCUACUACUGCGACGGAGACAGGGACUGCACGGACGGCUCAGACGAACCGCACGAUUGUUACAAAACCUGCGACUCAGACGAAUUCCGAUGCGAGAACGACAAGUGCAUUCCCGAAGCCGCCAAAUGUGACGGAAAAGACGAUUGUGGAGACGGUAGUGACGAAACGCCGUUAUGCGGCGAUCCAAAAAGUGAUGACUAUUAUUGCAAAGAAAAGGGCUGGUUCUAUUGCGACAAUGGUGUUUGUAUCAAUGAAACACUUUUAUGUAACGGCGAGAAUAACUGUGGGGACUUUUCAGAUGAAAACAAAUGCAAAAUCAACGAGUGCACAGCCUCACCGCCUCCAUGUGCCCAAACUUGUAUCGACAAACCGGUAGGAUACGAAUGCCGGUGUGAACACGGCUUUAAAGUAAGCCCGAAAGAUCCCCACCAUUGUGAAGAUAUCGACGAAUGCCAACAGAAACCCUGCAGCCAGAUCUGUAGGAACACCAGGGGCUCGUACCAUUGCAGUUGUAACGACAAUUAUGUUUUGAGUUUCGACAAGCAUUCCUGCAGGGCUAAUUCCAGUGUCAAGGUCAAUCUUAUACUGGCGAAUAGGUACUAUAUUCGAGAGCUUGACCUUAUGGGUCACAGCAGUCUCCUGGCCCACAAUCUAACGAAUGCUGUGGCUUUAGAUUACGACUGGUCAACCCAGUGUAUUUACUGGUCGGACGUAGCUCAAUUGGGAUCUUCUAUAAAGAGACUUUGUGACUACAAGACAAAUUCCACGGACGUUGAAGUAUUGCAUUCACCUACUUUGCAAAAUCCUGACGGCCUGGCGGUGGACUGGAUUGGAAGAAACUUGUAUUGGUGUGAUAAAGGAUUAGAUACCAUCGAAGUAUCCAGUCUAGACGGUAAAUUCCGUCGUGUUCUCCACUCUAAAGGUCUGGAAGAGCCCCGAGCUGUAGCCUUAGAUCCCACCAGAGGAUAUUUAUAUUGGUCCGAUUGGGGAUCUCGUGUUCAUAUCGGCAAGGCAGGCAUGGACGGUUCUAAUCCAAGGAUUAUCGUAAAGAAUAAUUUAGGAUGGCCUAACGCUUUAACCGUCUCGUAUGAGACCAGUGAGAUAUUCUGGGCUGAUGCGAGGGAAGAUUAUAUCGCUGUGGCCGAUUUGGACGGUAAUAACGUAAAAAUUGUAGCUAGCAGAGAGAGGAAUCCCAAAUUGCAGCUUCAUCAUGUUUUUGCCAUUGAUGUUUGGGAAGAUUAUAUUUACUGGACUGACUGGGAGACUAAAACCGUCGAAAGGUGUAACAAGUAUAGUGGAGAAGACUGCAAGUCUAUUUUGUCAACAGUUCAUCGUCCUAUGGAUAUCCGUGUCGUCCAUCCCUUCAAGCAGCCUCCUGUUAAAAACAAUCCAUGUUUGACAGCAAAUUGUUCAGCUUUAUGUCUUUUGACACCAUCUGCUCCUUAUUACACUUGCGCAUGCCCAGCAAACUUCAUUUUGGGCAAAGAUGGUCGAUCUUGUGUAGCCAACUGCACGACAGUCCAUUUCGAAUGUAAAGUUAACUACAAGUGCAUACCAUUCUGGUGGAAAUGCGACACUCAAGAUGAUUGUGGUGAUGGUAGCGACGAACCUCCAGACUGUCCUGUAUUCAAAUGUAUGCCGGGGCAAUAUCAGUGUAAGAACGGACAAUGUAUACAUCCUUCCGAUUUGUGUAACGGCAAAAAUGAUUGUGGAGAUGGUUCAGAUGAAAACGAUUGUGAGGAUUAUACUUGUCUUAAUACACAGUUCAGGUGCGAAGGCAACUCAACCAUACCUCCAAGAUGCAUUCCGGCGAAACAACGCUGUAACAAACAUCCAGACUGUCCAGGCGGAGACGACGAAGUAAACUGUCCACCAGUAACGUGUCCUCCAAACCAGUUUAAGUGCGCCAACGACAAAUGUAUACCAGCCGUAUGGGUUUGUGAUAAAGAUAACGACUGUGUUGAUAACUCGGAUGAGGAACAAGACUGUAGUGACAGAACUUGUGGACCGCAACAUUUUAGAUGCAAUUCUGGGAGAUGUAUUCCUCAUUCUUGGUUGUGCGACGGAGAUCCAGAUUGCUCCGAAGCUGAAGACGAACCAAAGACUUGUAGCCAUCCAGAUUACCAUACGUGUGAACCUUCGUACUUUAAGUGUAAUAACAAUAAAUGUAUUCCCGGGCGUUGGAGGUGCGAUUAUGAAGGAGAUUGUGGAGAUGGGUCUGAUGAAGAAGGUUGUGUUCCUCGAAAUUGCUCCGAAUCGGAAUUCAGAUGCAACAAUAUGAAAUGUAUACGAGGGGAUAUGAAAUGUGAUGGCGAAUACCAGUGCGAAGAUAAGUCCGAUGAAGCUGACUGUCACGUUCAAUGUAAAAACAAUGAAUUUCAGUGUUCUAAUCCCAACGUUUGUAUAUUUUUAUCCUGGAAAUGCGACGGCGAAGUUGACUGUCCAGACGGUUCGGAUGAAGCGAAUUGCUCAGACACUUGUCCCUAUAACUUCAGAUGUAAGAACGGCUUUUGCAUUAACGAGCUGUGGAGAUGCGACGGACAAGACGAUUGUGGGGACGGUUCAGACGAGCAAAACUGUUUCUCAAACGUCUGUCCUGCCGGCAGGUUUAGAUGCAAGAAUCACAGGUGUGUUCCGAUCAAUACAUUGUGUGAUGGUAAGAACCAAUGUGGAGAUGGAAGCGAUGAGGAUAAGCAUAUUUGCAGGAGAUACGGCCUAUGCCCUCCCACCCAGUUCUCGUGCAAAGAAGGCCAUCGCUGUAUCGACGCCUCCUUGCGCUGCGACGGCUCUGAAGACUGUGAAGACGGCUCUGACGAGCUGGAGUGUGAAACGCCCGCUUGCAAAUGGAACAGCUGCUCCCAGGUGUGCGUAGAGGUCAGACACAAUCAGACUGUUUGCAAAUGUUUGCCUGGAUACAGGCACACGGACGCUGGUCAGUGCCAGGCGAUGGGCGGGCUAGCUGAGUUGGUGCUGGCUGCAGAGGCUGAAUUGAGGUUAAUGUCUCCGUAUAAGAGUGGAGAUGAUGACAAUAAGCAAAGGAAAACUUUAGCGACAGCUCCAGGUUACAAGGUAGACGCUGUAGAUAUACUUUCAAGUGGGCGACAAGCUAUAGCAUAUUGGACGAAUCAUCAAUCCAAACGAGUACAGUCCAUAGUUAUUCACAUAGACAAAGACGGUAGAUCCAACAGAGAUGCGGACGUGGCUAAAACGGUUUUAUCCAAUUUACGCGAUCCUAGGGGUAUUAGUAUAGAUUGGAUUGCGAAAAGGCUGUAUAUCACCGAUGGAAAUAGGUUGCUGGCGUCCAGUUUGGAUGGCAAUUUGUAUUAUACUUUGCUAAAGGCCGAUGCUCCCAGAGACAUUGUUGUUGCUUCCGAUCACGGAUUAAUGUUUUGGGCUGAUUGGGGUCCAGCAGCCAGAAUCGAAAGGGCCGAUAUGGAUGGUCUAAACAGAAGAAUCUUAGUGAGCAAUGACAUCUCGUGGCCUACUGGCUUGGCUAUUGACCAUGGUACCGAAAGGUUAUAUUGGGCUGACCCAAAAACGAUGACUAUUGAAAGCGUUUUGUUUGAUGGAACUGAUAGGCACGUCAUCAGACAUUUUGACAAAGAUAUCCGCCCAUUCAAGAUAGAAAUCUUCGAAGAAAACCUUUUUGUUUCCACCCAAAACAAACACGAUAUUUUCAGGAUGAAUAAAUUCGGAAAAGGAAACAUAACCUAUCUAGUUCAAGGUUUAACAAGAAUCUCCGAUAUUCUCAUUUUGCACGAACAUAAGCAUAUGAAGAUGAAGAAUACUUGCAAUGACUACUGUCCUGAUAGUGAAUUCUGCUUGUUAAGACCGAGAGACGCAACUUGUAUUUGUCCUGAUGGUUAUGUCAAAGAUAAUUUGACGUGUAAAGCAGCGACCUCCAAACCAAACGACUGUUACCUCAACUGCCACACUGGUACAUGCAGAAUCAUUCCAGAUCAAGGUCCCAUGUGCAUUUGCCCUCCCCAAUAUACAGGACCGAGAUGCGAGCAUUACAAAUGUUCACAGUACUGUAAAAACCACGGAGUAUGCUACGUGGACGUACUUGCUCUUAAAAAUCCAGAUUCCAAAUCACCUCUGAGGUGCAACUGUCCGCCACAAUGGACUGGUGAACGAUGUGAAACAGCCGUAGAUCUUUGUGACGGAAGAUGUCAUAAUAACGGAAUCUGCCUCAUAUUAGAGACUGGUAUACCUCACUGCACUUGUCCACCUGGAUUCUCUGGAAAUCGCUGCCAGAACUGUGAAAAAUUGAAUUGUCAUAAUGGCGGUGUCUGUAGGAUCGAAAAUAGUAAAGAAAUUUGCGUAUGUCCCAUUGAAUAUAGAGGUCGUUCAUGCGAAAUAUCCGUCUGCGGCAAACACGGCCGACCUACCGGCGAUGGAUCCAAGUGCGUCUGCGUACCAGGCUAUACGGGGGAUGCUUGCGAUCGAAAUGUUUGCGAAAAUCACUGUUUGAACGGUGGUACUUGCCGCCAAGGAGUAAAACAACCCGAAUGCAUCUGCAACAAGUUCUAUGGAGGAAGAAGGUGCGAGCUGGAAUUGUGCUUGGGUCGGUAUCCGCCGAAAGGUUGCUCUGAACAGUGCAGCUGUAAGAACGGAGGAGUCUGCGUCAAACCCAAUGAGGAUAUUGAUGAAGUGGUUUGCCAGUGUCCCGAAAGCUUCUAUGGAUAUAAUUGCGAUAAAUAUUUAGUGGGACCUAAUCCUUGCGUGAACCGAUGUUUGAACGGUGGAAUAUGUGUUAUUACCAAUACAGAUCAACCACCAGUCUGUCAUUGUACCAAGAAUUGGACAGGACCCGAUUGUGAUAGACCGGCAGCGUGUGAACAAUUUUGUCAAAAUUUCGGAACCUGCUCAGUUAGCGACGGAAUACCUUACUGCAGCUGUCCCACUGGUUUCUCAGGAGUUAGGUGUGAAUCGGACAGUUAUGGAAAGACAGCUCAAACCAAAGGACACGGAAGUAUUGCAAUACCGAUCUUGGCAGCUCUGGCGGUGAUAAUCGCAGUAUUAGUAGCAGGCUUCCUGGUCUUCGAAUUUUACGUUAAGAAACGGACGAUUUUCUCUCACGAAAGGCUGCAAGAGAACGAUUUUAGUAAUCCCAUCUUUCCAGAGAGAGAUGCAGAACCUUUUACAUUAGAAGCUGACAAAGCUGGUAACUUUGCCAAUCCAGUAUACGAAUCAGUAUACAACGGAGGUACGAGUAGCGUUAGAGACGAAAAGGCCAUCCUCCUAGAACACACCGGAGAUGAAUCGACAAGGCCGCCAACGGAAGAACUGUAGGUAAAUUAUAUCGAGUUCAACAUAUCAAUGUGUAAAAAGUAAGUCGGUCAGCUCUGUCAAUUAUGCGUAGUGCACGUCAAAAACGGUGAAAUGGAAAUGUAAUGACAUAAACUCAUUGAUCAUCUGUUGUAAGUUAUAGGUUCUCACACAUUGAUCAUCAAAAUAGUAGAUAUACUAUAGAGUCAAGAGUCAAUUGAGCUUUGUGUUUAGAGUGGUCAAUUUCAGUCACCCGUCAGUGGUGGCCCGUUAUAUUUGAAUUCUGUGGGGGGAGAGGAGCAUUUGUUCAUGCAAAUAGCAAUUCCUACACGACCCGUCGUGAUUACCGACUAUUAGUUGAAACACGUAGUAGAUGAUCAAUUGAAAAGCUUAUUUUCAACAUGUUUCGACUAUCUAAUUUAAAAUAUUAAAUCUAUUUGGUACUGAUUUGAUAUGUCAGUUAUUUCAUUAUAGUAAAUCUGGUGUAAAAUUUACAAUCUUGUAGCAUCAGUGGCGGAUCUAGACAUUUGCCUUGGGAGGGGAACUUCCAACUUGAGGUGAGAACUUCCAAUGAAACAGUACAUUGAAACAUAAAAAGAUAUGUUACAAACUACACCAAAUUUUGAAUGAUUUUGGAAGUGCUCCUGAAUAUCGUGGUAUUUUGUACAUGAUUUGCAACACUUUUAUAGAUUAUCUAAGUCCAUUUGGUAAUUGAUUUGAUAUGUCAGUUAGUUCAUUAUAGUGAAUCUGGUGUAAAAUUUACAAUCUUGUAGCAUCAGUGGCGGAUCUAGACAUUUGCCUUGGGAGGGGAACUUCCAACUUGAGGUGAGAACUUCCAAUGAAACAGUACAUUGAAACAUAAAAAGAUAUGUUACAAACUACACCAAAUUUUGAAUGAUUUUGGAAGUGCUCCUGAAUAUCGUGGUAUUUUGUACAUGAUUUGCAACACUUUAUAUAUUAUCUCGGCAGUAUAAUCACAUAAUUUCUUAAAUAUUCUUCUAUUGAAAGAUUCUUCAGUUCCGUUAUGAGCUCUAAGUGCCAAUUCAAAAACAAUGUCAACAUUUGACAUAGCCUAAUCUCAUAGACCGAGAGAUCAGCAUAAACUCAUUGCCAAAUCCGAUUUAAAUUUUUUCUCAUUUUUCCGUUAUACCUAACCAUAUUUUGUCAUAAGGGGAACUUAGUUUGUUUAUUUAUUCGUUUUAACAAGCGCUACACAAAUUUUAUUCUUGCUCUUCUUUUCAGGGGAGGUGGUAUAUAUAUUUGAUUCCGGUACUUGGUCCGGGAAAUACUACAAAAUUUUUUUUCCUUAUUCGUCUAUUCCAAACAUUUUUUUAUCCGCAUCCUUGGAAAAAUGACGGGUUAAACUUAAUUUUUGUCCCUUUCGUUCACUGAUUUGAGUUAAUUCUAGCAAAGACCUCCCCAAACGUUUAAUGUAACUGUUUCUUAAGAGAAACAGGUGUAAAAUCAACUUUUAAAAUAUUAUCUUUAAUACAGGCUCUAAAAACUUUCAACAAAUAAAAAAUCUCGUAACCUCUUUAUGUAAUGCUUCAAAAGUCCUGAGUCUAAUGGAAGGUAUAAAGGAUUCCCCACACCGACGCGAAACUUUUGCGACGCGAAACCGUUGCGGAACAUUCGCAGGCGGAGCACUAUUAAAUUCAUUAUAUAUAAUAUAUAAUGAAAACUUACCAUUUUCUCCUAGAAAUGACCCUAUAUUAUCCCAGACUUUAUCCUUUUUUCUUAUAUUUUUAUAAUCUUCGUCACUUAAAUCAUAAAUUAUAGGAUAUUGUUUCACAAUUUCAAUUAGUUUUUCUGUAACAGCCAUUUUAAUAAUUCACGCGAAACUAUAACUUGCUAUAACUGCAGCGGAAAAAACCGUGCAUGCAGCGUUUCAUGAAACGUCAACGCUGUUCUGCCGCGACCGUUCCGGUUUCCGUCCGAACUUGUCUGAACACAUGCAUUAAGUCGCCGUGCCUUACGAUUCGCCGCGAUUCCGCUGCGAAAGUUUCGCGUCGGUUUGGGGAAUCCUUUAAGGUAAUAUGGGAGAAAUCGAAAAAAAAAAACAAACAUAUUUUCAUUAAUUUUUAUAAUUUUCUUGUAUAAUAGUCCAAUAUCUUGGUAUUCUUUUACAAAGACAGUUUUAUCAAUGAGAAACUACAUUAUUGAUUCGUCCGAAAAGCAAAACUUGAAUUAUUUUGAUUACUUGCAUUUACCUGUUUUUAAGAGUCAAUUAUCCAAUCGUUGUUAUAUUUGGUUCAUUGUGUUAUUUUUUGUCAUUAGGGAAGAAUUUGUCAACUAUCUUGAAUCAACGUUCAAAUUGACCUGAAUCAUAUUUUAUAUUUGAAUUGAAAUCAGAAUUUCGACCUUAACCCCCUCUGUGGCUCGUGGUAAGAGCGCCUACCUUUAAACCUAAAGGUCGUGAGUUCGAAUCUCACCUGGGUGGAGAAAUUUUCGUUUAUUAAAAAUUAAUGAAUGAAAAUAAUUUCUAUCCUUGUGCGAUCGGUACUCACCGGAGGGACCGCAGACGUUCGGAUACAAUUAGCGUCUCUUAGCAAAGACAAUGACGUCGACUUUACUAAGUAUUAAGACAAUUACUCCACACACACACACACACACACACUACACUAGGUACCUGACUGUACCAUGCCAAUGAUCUUAGUUGUCGAGGCAUUAACUCAAUAAUAAAAAAAAAUAAUUUCGACCAGUCGUUGGCACUAUUUUUGUACACAUUUAUACUUUUCUUUAUUAGAUCCAUCUAUGGUUUGCUUUUACAUUUAGGUCCCACUGAUUAUCACACUUCAUUGAAAACCACAUUAUUAAUUUAUAAAUACUCAACAUAAAAUGAUAUACAUCACACGAUAUUUUCACAUCGAUCACUGGACUCUUCCGAUCGGCGAAGUAAUUAGAAGCUCGGCAUUCCACGGCGUAUCUCCAUGUAAGUUAGUAUUCAGACAUACUUUGUGUGUUUGUAUUAAUCACUGUUUAAUUUCCACGAUUUACUUAACCGAUUUAAUUGCCACGAUUUACUUAUGAUGCUAAAAUUUGUGCGAUGCAAGUUAUAAUUAUAAUUAUAAUAAUUAUGAAUCUUCGGUUACUACUCCCUAAAUUGUUGAGGUCGAUAUUUGCUCAAAAAAAUCUAGGCAUGCUCAAAAACAAAUAAAGCGAAAGCAAUAUUAACGAAAUUCUUAUCGAAACAAAUAAUUUUUUGAAACUGUUAUAUUGGCAAUAAUUAUUAAUAAUUUGAUGAGACUAUUUCAACUUUUUGACGUGCAUACCCGAAGAAAGCUUUUACUAUUGUUAUAAAUUAAUUGCUGUGACUUGUGCCAUUUUUGGGCAAUCGUCGUAUUAAGGUCAUUUAAUUUCCAUAUUAUUAUUGUUGCCCAACAUAAUUUGAAUCUUUUUUUAACCCGAAAACCAUCGUAAAAUCAGCAAAAACCAACACAGAAAGAAUCAUGCUUGGAAACUUUCUAAUUAUUAUCAACUGUCAUUUGCCAACUGUCAUUUGUGGACUGCCGUUUAAUAGUCUUUGCUCAAUGGCUUGUUUAAUUUCAGUGAUCAGUGGUUGCAUAUAUACAGUUCAAUUAUACAAUUUCUCAAUGAUUAGUAUAAAUAUUUUCUGUUGAUUCUUUACGUGUAUUUUUGCUGAUUUUUCGUUUGUUCGAACUAACAAAACUCAUACGUCCUUGUAAAUAAAGUGACUGAUAUUAAAUCGAUUAUAUUUUUUACUAAUCUUUGCAAAAUAAGCCUUAGUUUUUUGUAUUAUGAUGGUUGUGUAUGUAUAUGUUGUAAUUUUAAGGUUAAGUGAAAAAUAUUUCGUAAUCUACCGUACCUAUUAGUGUUAGUAAGAAGCUGAAAUGCUUUUAAGAGGCGUUUGCCUCGUUUUUAUAUACAGAACGUCCAAAUAUCUGCGUAUAAAAUAUUUUUGCUACAUUUAAUUUUUUUAUCAAGUAAGUAAAAUAUUUUAACAGUUAAUAUUUAUUUUUUUGUUUGUACCUGACAAUGUAGGAAGUUCCGUGGUAAUCGUUGAGACACUCUACACCACUUUAAUUGUUAUGUAGACGUUUCUCAAAUAACCCUUUCAUAUCACUAUUUAAAACAGUUAGAAGAGGUAAUCAUCAGAUUCUGCUCUCAGCAAAUUUGUAUUUUCCUUGGUUUACAAUUAUUUGGUGUACUUCAUAUAAGUAUACAUAGUACAAUUACUAUGACUGUAAUAAAGAAUAUCUAAAUUUGGAACCUCUCAUGCGCACAGCAUACUCGUACAUAAUUUCAAUAACUUGAUUUUUAUCUGAUUGCUCGUUUGUCCCCUUUCUUUCUCCUCUCCUUUGUCUUCUAUCUCUUUUUGAGGACAUAUUAAAACUGAGGUAAAGAAAAUUGAGGAAUACGACCAAAUUUUCCACUAACUGAGGGAUUUCAUUUCCUUGAUUGACGAUUAUGUUUAGUUUACUAUAAUUAUUGUAUAUUUUAUUACUAAAAAUCCCCAUUACUUACCUCGUCUUAUUUCUUACCAAAGUUCACGCUUACGCCCAUCUUUUUACUCCCACUUCCAAGAUUUUUCUUCAAUAUUGUCCAUUUUUCUCUUGGUACUUUGCCAAAAGCCUUUACAAGAUCUAGAAAGCUAUGUAUAUUUUUUCUUAUUGUUAUCAAUAUUUUAUUAUUUUUUUCACUGUAAAUAUAUAAUUCACUUUAGAAAUUUCAAAGUUACGAUUCUUGAAUAUCGUAGAUUUCACACAAUUGAAUUUAUACGUAAAACAUUUUUCUGGCUAACUUCUUUCUUCUUUGUUAAAUACUUAUGAUACAUUUUUUGGUACUGGUCCAUUAGAAAGUUAACUUGUCGUCAUUCUAGUACCUUUUGCAUUGCAACAUUCCCCUGUUGGCUGGCCUAAUCAUGUUUAAAGAUCACGUUUAAAGAGAUGGAUGGCCGUCCAUAAUAGACAAUUUGGACGUUCUGUAGAACCGUACGAAUUACUUUUCACUAAAAAAUCGGGCAGCUAUAUGGUUGUUAAUAAUGAUUAUAUGCUCAAUUACAGUACUCAAAUAGUUUUUCGAAUUUUUGUUAUUGGCUCUCUUUGACUAUUUUCGAGAUGUGAAAUAUAAUACGUAAAUAAGAGGUGCUGCAUUAUUGUGUAGCGACAGGAGUCGAAACAAGAAAAAAAUGUCAAAUGGUACAAUAUUUAGAAUGUAAUGUUUUAUAUUACUGAUCCGUUUGAGUCGGUUUUGUGUAUGUAUAAAUUUUAAAUAUAUAUGUGAC